ACAGUUUACUUAAAAACAGAAAAAAGAAAACAUCAUUAUUUAUGUUACACAGUAGUCGCCCAACUCACGUUUUGACCUAAUAUAUCAUCCACCACACCUGCUUGCUGCCGCCAGUCGCCAUAUUUCUCCGUCGACAUUCAAUCGUCUUGCAGUUUGAUUAGUGGAAGAGAUGAUCAAGAGGAGGUUUUACAAGCAAGAGCAUGGUGAUAAAGAUGCGCCUUCUGAUUCUUCGUCUUCUUCGGACUCUGAACUCGAUGCAGAAGCAUCGGUAGAUACCGAAGAAGAAGAAGAUGAUGAUGACAUGGUCAUGGAAUCGAAGAAGAAAGACCAGCCUUCUUCGUCGUCUUCUGGAUAUGAAAGUGAAGAUAGCUCUGCAAAUGAAGUUAAUCUUGACUCUUCAGGUUCGGGUUCACCUGCAAAUGAUGAUGACAGUGGAGAUGAAAGUUACAAACAAGUCAUCAAUGGCUCACAAUUGUCUGCUAACCGAUUUGAUAUGGCUACAGCACAAAGUGCAGCAGCUGAUAAAGAUGCAGUGACAAAUGAUGUCCUAGACUGUGUAUUAAAAAGUAAAUCCGUAUUUAAGUGCAAGUUAUGCCCAAGAAUUGUCUGUCUAACCGAGGAAACAUUAAAGGCUCAUCUGAAAUCCAAGAGACAUGCUCGGUCUGAGAAACUAUUGAAGGAAGGCAGGCUAAAGAUGAUGCUAAAUAGUGAUGGAGAAAUAGAGGAACUAGAGGCAGAUGGAGAAACUCACCAAGAGAGGCAUGCUGCUACUCUAGCUCUUGCAGAGUCAAACAAGAGUGCGACAAAGGACUCGAAGAAAAGCAAAGGAAGGCAGAGACAGAGGAAGAGACAACAGAAGAAAACAUCUGAUGAUGUGAUGCCUAAAACUACAAAGGAGUCCGUUAAAAGAUCAGCCAAGAAGAGGCGUAAAAAUGAUGCCUGAAGAGUAGGUGACAGUGUAUUAUAUGCUGCAAGCAAGGAUAUUUUACAGAAGAAAGAGUUACUUCCACCACAAUAUACUAGUGUCUUUGUGUUCCAAGUCACUUGAAAUGUUGGUUUGUUAGUUAAAUCUCGUCAGUUUUGCUAUAGACUUGAUCUCAACCAGUCAACUUGGCCUUAUGUUUCAGCUGAAUUUUGAACCAUUGAGUUUUGAUUUCCAAGGAAUUUACAGUGUUAAAUUUACACUAGAUUUUGCAAGUAAAGUUGGAGAUAAUAUUUUUGCAGUU